AUGUUUUAUUAUAAUUUUAGAAAUUGGUUAACAGACAAAUGUGUCCCGUUGGUUAGAGAAAUAACAUUUGAGAAUGCAGAAGAGUUAACAGAAGAAGGGCUUCCAUUUUUGAUUCUCUUCCGUCAAAGCGAUGAUAUUGAAUCAGAAAAACUAUUUAAUUCUAUUGUAACAAAAGAAUUAUUUGAUCAAAAAAAUUCAAUAAAUUUUUUGGUCGCAGAUGGAAAAAGAUUUGCACAUCCACUUCAACAUUUGGGGAAAUCUGAAAAAGAUUUGCCACUAAUUGCUAUAGAUUCAUUUAGACAUAUGUAUUUAUUUCCGAAUUUUGAACAGCUUGGCGAACAAGGCAAAUUACGUCAAUUUGUUUUGGAUUUAAAUUCAGGGAAACUUCAUCGUGAAUUUCAUCAAGGACCAGAUGCUACACCAGAAUCGCCUUCUGAUGGUAAAAUAACUCAACCACCAUCUUCUGUCUUUAAACAGCUUAAACCCGCGGAGACUCGUUACUCUUUUUCGGACAAGACAGAGCUUUAA